AUGCCCAAUCUGAAAUGGCUGGAUCUAUCGUUCAACCGCAUCGAGAAAAUAGAAAACUUGAACCAGCUUAUCCACCUUGAAGAUCUCAGUCUGUACAGCAACAAGAUAUCUGUGUUGGAGAACUUGGACAAACAGCAAAAGCUUCAAGUGCUCUCAAUCGGUAACAACUGCAUCGACAGGCUCGAGAAUGUGCUGUACCUGAGGACAUUGGGGGCACUGGGCUCUCUGGGACUGGCAGGGAACCCCGUGGCAGAGCAUCCCGAGUACAAGAGCUACAUCGGAGCGUUCUUGCCACACCUCACCUAUCUGGACUAUCGACUAGUGCAAGACGAGUGGCGUCAGCAGGGAUUGAAGAAGCACAGCUACGAGAUCGAGGAGAUGGAUCUUCUAGAGCAUCGAGAUGAGUUUGAAAAGGAGAAGCAGAAACAGCAGCAAGAGCAGGAAGAGCGAUACAGGGAGGCUUUCGUGGAAGGCUUGAGUGAGGGGCAGCUGUUUGACGAAAUGUUUGACGGUGAUAAAGAUGGUGACCAUUUGUAUCAUAUGCAGGGCGCUGAAGAACUACGCGAGACGCUGAAGACACAGGUGGUACCCAUCUGCAAGCAGAUAUUCGACGUGGGUAUUGAGAAGGAGCAGCAGCGAGCGGAGGAGCUCAGUCAGCUCAUCAGGUGUCUGAAGGAGGGCCGCGACUCCGAUCAGGAGAAGGCUGUGGGUCGGAUGGACGAGUUUCUGACGGACAAGGAGACCCUGCUGGGAGACAUCGCGGCGGCCAUCGAGAUGGCCGAGGUAGCCGGCGUCAAUGAUGAAACCGAGGCGGCGAUCGACACUGCCAUCCAGGCGUACCGGGACCGCUGCCAGAGUCUCUGGAGCCAGCUGAUGGGCAGCGAGGUGGUACUCAACGACGGCUUAGAGGAGGUCAUCCAGGAGUUCGGCAGGAACCUCACCGAUAUGGUGUCCAGCAUGCUGGAGGCGACCCAGGCGCUGUUCGCCCAGGUGCGUGACCUCGAGGCCGGCUACACGGAGCAGGUCACCGAGCUGGCGCUCCAUGUCCUGGAGAAGGUCAUCAGGAACGACGAGGACGUGGACAUGCCUCCGGAGACCACCGAGCUCUUCACCGACAAGGAGGUGGUGAUGUCGCUGGUCACCGGAUCGCACGACUUCCACCUGCAGGUGCUGGACGGGAGGGAGGACCGCAUGACGUCUCGCGUCAAGACAUGGCUGCAGAACACCAUCGCGAACCUGCUACAAGAGGAGGAGAAGAGGAAUCGAGACCGAGUCAUCGAGAUAAACCACUUCCUCGACAAACAGCGCGAGGAACUGGAUGAGUUUGAGAUACCGCGCGUGCCAGAGAUGGAGCUGGAUAUCGCACCGUAG